CCUACUCGUGGUCAGUUUAACUUCUUUGCUUGAUCUUUGUUCUGUGGUCCUUGACUCUGACCGAGCAUGGUCUGUGGUUCACCGCGGCUGUAGAGAGUUUCGAUCGAAAAAACCGUUUCAACUUCCCAUUCAUCUCCCGCUCUUGGGCUUUCCAAUUAGAAAUACUCAAUUCAAGCAUUAUUUCAUUUAAUAUACACAGCUUCUUCUUUCCCAAGCCAAUUUUAUAUUUUUUCUUCGACCGAAUCCCUAUUUCAUUUUUCUCCGUUUGCAUCAUCAUCUUCAUCAUACAUACCUCUCAUUCUCUCCUUCAACUUCUAGAUUUUCGGCAUGUCUGCUAUCACCGAGUCUGCUCCUAAUCUUCCUCCCAUUUCGGUCGGCGAAUCCUCGAUCGCUCCUGCGGAAGCUGCCGCUGCCGCUACCCCUGCGCCUGUCGAGUCGUCUGAGGUAGCCGAAACUCCUGCUGUCGAGGCCCCAGUCGAGGAAGCAACAGAAGCCCCUGCUGCUGAGUCGGCCACUGAGACUCCCGCUGCGGAGCCCAAGGCAGACGAAGCUCCCAAAGUUGAAGAGGAGAAGAAGGAGAAGAAACCUGCUCGAAAGCCUUUUGCUGAUCUUUUGAACAAAAUCCGCAAACCGCUUGACAAAGCCACCACAGAGAAGAAAGAUCCGGAGGCUACAGUUGCUCCUACUGAACAGGAAGCUUCGUCCGCCAACCCCGCCCCCGGUGAACCAACUCCUCAAGUGGCCGAGUCUGAACCCGUUGUUGAAGCGUCUGCCGCCGAGCCUGCACCUGCUGAACCCACAACGGCCGAGAAGGAUGUCACUACGCCUCGGAAAGAACGCGGAAAUCUUUUCGAUAAGAUCACUGCAUUCGUUCUUAAGCCUAAGAGUCCAAAGGGCAAGAAAUCCACUGAGCCGCUAGAAGAACCCAAACCUGCUGAAGCAGCUCUUCCAGCUGAAGUCCCUGAACCCACACCCGAAACUCUUGCAGUCACCGAACCCGCUGCUGUUGCUGAGGUACCGGCUGCCGAGGCUGAGACCCCUGCCGCUGAAACCCCAGUAGCACCUGCUGAGGAAGCGGCUCCGGUCACUGAAACUGCUGAAGAAGUGAAGACGGAAAAGAAGUCGCCAAAAGACUUGGCUAAACUUGCUCGACGAUUUAGCGGACGUCUUUUUGGCAUCAAUGAAAAGAAGGUCGUUAAGAAGCCCGAGGCUACGAAAGAGGAGGCUGAAGAGACUGCUCCUCCCAAGGACACUGCUCCUGCCGAAACGAUUGUUCCGGCAGAUGCCACUCCUGAGGCUGCUCCAGAGACUGUUGCCCCUGUCGAGACACCGGUGGAAACGUCUACCGCCACCGAAGCCACUCCUGUUAUCGCUGCUACUGCAUGAUAGCGUUUGUGCUACUCCAUCGCCUCCCAACUUCCACACCGAGACCAUAUCUUCUUCACUUAUUUACCUUUCUCUGCAAUGUUAAUUUCUAUUUUACUUUUAAUUCGACUCUCACUUUCAUAUACCCCUCGACUCUGCUUUAUUUGGAGGCUCGAGGCCCGGUACUUUACGCAUCAUGCUAGCUGUCAAACACGGAUGCUUCAACAUGGAUUGCGCUUUCAACAACCAGGAUUAUUAUUAACGCUUUUAUGUGUCGUGACUGAAGUUUAGUUGAGUUGUUGACCUCGCGUUGCCCAUAUUGGUACUUGAUGCAUAAGCUCGAUUUUAUCUUGUCUCUUUAUUGUCUCUGGUGCCACUGCACAUUGUUCUUCUAUUCACUCUACUGCUCAUGCGCGCUGCAAUGCACUCUUGUGUUCAUGAUCAUUUUACAAAAGAGGAAAGGACAUGGCUUGCAGAUUUUGCUCU